AAGGCAAUCUUGUCUGGAACAGGUUACGGGACUUCCUGGGAAAUGACUCUCCACUAACGCGAGGGAAAAAGAUUUUCUUAGAUGAAAUUACGAAUUCGGGAAGGUGAAAUGUGUGUGCGCUGGUCGAAGCGUAUUGUAUCUCUGUCUUAUUACUUUAUUUAGUAUACCCACGAGAUAGAGGCUAUCGUGACAGAUAAUCAAUAGUGUCGACUCGUAGGCGAUAAUCUUGUGAAUCAGCGGGGUGAAUCGCGGGUUUCAGAGGGAUCUAGCAAAAAUUGUGGAGCGGGCGACGCGGGAGACACGACGCGAAGGCCCAGUGGGCGCAGUAUAAAACCAGCGAUCGCCGAGUGGACGUCAGAAGACAUUUCUUUUCGUACAGUGAAUCAACAUGACACGCGCAACAAUUCUUCUUUUCUUCGUUGUUGCCAUCGCAUAUGUGGCCGCGUUUCCCGAUGAAACGCAAGGUUCACAGGAAUGCGGGCCAAACGAGGUGUUCAAUAGCUGUGGAUCACCGUGUGUGGACACCUGCGAGAGGAAAGCUUCGCCAAUCUGUACAAUGAGAUGUGAAAUAGGCUGUCAAUGCAAACCCGGUUAUGUCAGGAACAGGGAGAACAAAUGCGUACUGACACGCGAGUGUUGAUUCCGUGGACAAACUAAAUGACAACUGUUGCAUUUAGUUUAAAUUUCUAAUAGUUAUGCACUGUAGAACACUUUCUGCCAGUCGUUAUAACUGAAGAAUCAUUAUCUGGGGAUAAUUAUAUUAAUUAACAUGUAAAU